AUAUAUAUAUAUAUAUAUAAUCCAACACUAAUGAAAAUCAAACGCCAUUUAACUGACAGUUUGCAUUCUAGGCACUUGUCAUUCAAGUGCACAUGAGCCUUGAGUACUUAGGUUUAGUCAUAUAAUAGUCAUUUUCAAAUCAUACAAUAUGAGAAAAUGUGUGUAAAGUGAAUACAGAAUAAUACACUUACUAAAAAGAAAAAGUUGAAAUCUCCUGUAUUAAUUAAUUAUUUGAGGUAUAUUUUGCUGAAUAAUAUGCAAGAUGAAUAUGAUUUGAUUAUGUAAUCCAUGUCUAACACUAAAGUAAGUACAGCAGUUUACUGUAACUUCCACAGAUAAACAGCACGUUUUGGAAUGGUUUAAAUAUGUGGGGUCUACAAUAAAAGUGUAUGAAUUUGGGAUUCAAAAUGGUGUGUUCUUCCUUUACAAAACCACUUUUGUAAUAUAAAUGUGUAGUAUUUACCGAUAUCAAUGUAAAUUAGGUAUGUUUCACAACCUCCGCAGCCAUUCCUCCCUGUAGAACUGUCGCCACCUGAUGCGCUCAUUUGAUUGGCUAAACCCUCUUCUCUCCACCCUCUUCUGAUGGCCACGGAGGGAUCUGAUUGGCUGAGAGACAGUUUCGUGCUGAUGAACUUGUUUCUGGGCGUUUCCAUCUGCAAGCUGCUGGAUGGAUGCAUUAGAAUAUCAGUACCGUCCCAUCUACUUCUACAUGCUUUACACCGGAGACCAAUAAUGAGGCCAAACAGUCACACGCUCAAACACAGACCCUCACAUGAUACAGAGAGGGAAUUUGGAGGAACCCUGGGUGCAUUAUGCAUACCCAUCCUUCUCCCGUUGACGGUGAUGUUCCUGAUCUGUGUGAGUCGAUCCCCUGAGGCCAGUGUGCUCCAGUGGCCCCCUCCCCUCCCCUCCUCUGACCAGCUGUGGGACCCUCUGGCCCUCGUUCUUCUGCUGGGCUGGAUCGCUCUGCAUGCCCUCCUCUAUGUGAUACCAUUAGGAAAGGUGUCUGAAGGAUUAGUGCUGAGGGAUGGAACGCGUCUCAAGUAUCCCAUAAAUGGUUUUCACGGCCUGUGCAUCAGCGGCGUGUUGCUGAUGUUGUUACUGGGGCUCGGGGCUCCUCUGGGGUAUCUGUUUGAGCUGCUGUUGCCUUUGGCAGUUUGUGCAAUAGCGGUGUCAUUCCUGUUUUCCGUCUACCUCUAUAUCCGCUCCUUUUGGGUUCCUUCUCAUGCUCUCGCCUUGGGCGGCAACACAGGGAAUCCCCUGUAUGACUUCUUCAUCGGACGGGAGCUAAACCCCCGGAUAGGAAAUUUUGACCUUAAAUAUUUCUGUGAACUCAGACCGGGUCUGAUGGGCUGGGUGGUCAUAAACCUUGGCAUGCUGAUGAAGGAGGUGGAGCUCCGAGGUUCCCCCUCACUCGCCAUGAUACUGGUCAACAGCUUCCAGCUGCUGUACGUGGCAGAUGCUCUGUGGAAUGAGGAGGCUGUUCUGACAACCAUGGACAUUGUGCAUGAUGGUUUUGGCUUUAUGUUGGUCUUUGGGGACCUGGCCUGGGUUCCCUUCACAUACGGCCUGCAGGCUGCUUUCCUGGUUGUGCACCCACAGGCCCUAAGUUUACUCGGAGCAGCAACUAUAAUAGCACUCAAUGGUAUUGGAUAUUAUGUUUUCAGAAAAUCCAACUCGCAGAAGAACCAGUUCCGACGAGACCCUACACAUCCAAGUGUUGCAAGACUGGAGACCAUCGCCACAGCAACAGGGAAACGCCUGCUGGUGUCUGGCUGGUGGGGUCUCGUUCGUCAUCCCAAUUACCUCGGUGACCUCCUCAUGGCCCUGGCGUGGUCCCUGCCAUGUGGGUUCUCACAUCUUCUGCCUUACUUCUAUGUCAUCUAUUUCACCGUGUUGCUGAUUCACCGAGAGGACCGUGAUGAGAGACAGUGUAGGGCCAAAUACGGACUAGCGUGGGACACCUACUGCCGACACGUCCCCUACAGGAUCUUCCCUUAUAUCUACUGAACGGGGAAGCAGGUGGUUGGAACUGGACCAAAGCGGUCUCACACUAUCCUCGUGGACUCUUUAAGUCCACACAAACUUAGCAAUAACUUGAAAUGUAAAUCCACUUUCAGUAACUCAAACCACCAAUAAUAUCCGGUGCUGCUGCUUGGAUUCUGCAGGGAGCUCACACUUUUAUUCAGCCUCCAUUAUUUAGGCUGCGGUUCAAUUACAGAAUGAUGUUCAAUGGAUCACUAUUUUCUAAUUCAUUGAAUUGUGACUCCUCACAGGAAUCUUAUACAGCUAAGUAUGCAGUCUACAUACACUACACAGUGUCUCUUGUUCAGCAUAAAUGGCUAAACCUCAAGUACAUCUGUAAACAGCGUAGGCCUUGAGAUUCUUUUCUCAUAAAAAUGAGAAAAUACGAUCCUAGAAAAAUAGUAAAUAAAAUGCACAACACCUGUGCCUUUUUUAAUGAAGAGACCGGGCAUUUUUACUACGCUUGUUAUUUUUUUUACAAUGUCUUCUUUUUUUUUAAGUCCAUGUAUUUGUGAAAUACAUUUAAAAUAAACAAAUGACACUUGA